GUGGUAACCAUAGAGAAAGUAAAAUAUUUUACUUAUUUACUUACUCUAUGGUGGUAACAGCUCUAACUUGAAAACGUUCUCAAAUGGCAGCAGCCGAAAUUUUCGAGAGUCUGUGCCUUAAAUUGGACAAACUGCUUUGUGGCACCAACCAAGCGAAGAGCGAGGCCGUUUUCCCGACUUUGGACCAGCUAAAUUGCUUGAACUUUAGCGUGCCCACCAUUUUCAAUGAAGUUAAAGCCUGCCGGCUGAUCCACCAGUUCUGCACCUCCUUGGACCACACUGAUGAGCGCUUAACGCAGUUAUGCAUGCAGCUGAUCACUAAACUGAUUGUCCUUCAACACAUUCCGGUUGAUGGCACAACAUUGAACUUGAGCGUCCGGUGGUGCUUGCAGGCAGCCACCAGCCCCAAUAAGGCCCUAGUUCUUGACGCUCUGCUUGCCUUAGAGGCCUUAGUUAGGAAAAAUGGGCACAACAUCCCAUGGCUGCUGGAUUUAAUUGUGCAACACGCCAAGGAAGUAAUUGAGUGCGACGGAUCCACACAACCCCAGGAACUUUUACUGGUGGCAGUUUACAAGUGCCUGGAAGCCUCCACUGACAUUCCCUCCGACAUCGAGCCCUCUGAAAGUUUGGAUCAGCACUUUGCAGACUGCCAGACAAUCUUCAUCUCGCACUUGUGCAAUAAUCCCGCAAUUAACAGUUCAGUGGCUGCCAACAAACUCGCAGAAACGUGCCUACAGGGUCUGAACAACCUGGUGCACAUCCAGGCGGCGUCACUCCAACAGGAACUGGGAUUAAUUCUAGGCAUAGUAAGGUCCUACAUGGUGUGCGGGAUUAAAGGUAUCGAGUUUUCCCAGCCGGUGAAACUCACCCCCACCGUACUGAACCUGCCGCAAAAGAACCAGAAAUCGGCCGAGACCACAGGGGGCGCAAAGCCGAGGCGUCGAAAGUACCGCUUCACGAAAAAGAAGGAAAAAAAGGUCGAUAAUGAAGUGCGUUUUGUGGUCAGCAGCGAUCGCUACAAUCCAGCUACAAUCCGCUUGGAUUACAACUCGGACCUGGGCAUGGCGAACUUCUCUGGCAUGGGCUUGACUACAUCCGAUUCGGAUUUUUCGGACGCCAAUGAUGCCAGAAGAGUCAAUUUGGGGCACAGCUGCAGUUGCGUGCGGCAAGCCGCCUUGGCCCUCUUUUGCAGCAUAAUUAAGCACGAAGAUGCAGCUACUGUUUUCACCUACUGGUCGAGUUUUAUGCCCGAAAGCGCCACUGCAGACAAGCACAAUUUGCUGUCUUGUUGUCUGCUCGAUCCCACCAGUAAAGGUAAAGUGUGUGCGUUGAAUGUGCUGCUGGGACUGAUCACUCGCAGCAAGACCUACUUGGCAUCAGCUGAAUCAAAGGAGAAAACAGCCAGUUUCACGUCGUUCAGCGCUAUGCUCGGCCUUACAUUGAUCGAGCUGAACGCCAAGCUCUGCCUUUCCUUAUCCGACAGGUCAGUGGGCGUGCUCACUCACGCCCUCAAGUGCUUGGCAGUAUUAGCGCAGAACACACCUUAUCAUCGGAUGGCGCCUGGCCUGAUCACCAAGAUAGUGCGAAACGUCAAGCCUCUGGUUUCUUUUAGAGAUCAUCGAGUUCAGGUGACUGCGCUGGUGGUGCUGGGCAGUCUUCUAAUGAACGAGCCGCCCCUUCCCGAGACCCAGCGAGCAAUUUUCAAGCUGGAAAAAGAACCGGAAGCUCGGCCUGAACGCCCAUCGCUUCCCGCUGAAGAUGAGGAAUAUUUCGCCCAGUUUUCCUCAGAUGAAGAGGAGCCGGAGGCGGGCACAAGCGACGACAGCAUGUCGUGGCUUCUGCACAAGUGCCUCAGAAAUUUGGGCGUGAUGUUUGAUAAUGCUCCGGCUAAAUUGCCGGUCCUGCCAGUCCAGCUGGAAGCGCUGCAGGUUUUGAGCGCGAUGAGUAGAAACUACUUCGAGACGAUGAUGCUGAUGCAUCUGAACCACAUAGUUCGAGCUCUGGAGAUGAGCUUGGCAUGCCAGAACGAGGAAGUGGCGCUUCAUGCAGCCCGCCUCAUCGAAUUUUUAGGCGACGCCAUGGGGAAAGUCGGCGAAGCUGCAGGGACGUCGCAGUGCCUCACUUUCUGGCCAACGUUGCUCAAUUGCUCCGAGAAGAGGCUGUUUCAGAGCGAGAAUCCCGUAUUGCGAGCGGUGGGCUGCGAUUGUCUGGCCAGCAUUUCGCCUUGGAUUUGGAAGCAUCUUCCCAGGAACAAACAAGUGCUGUGCAUCAUGUUGCUGUUCGACUGCAGCAAAGAUGAGCAAGGCGCUGUUAGAAGUGCCGCCGCUCGGGCGUUGUCGGUCUGCACCCUCCACCAGUCCCUUCAGGAAGAUGAGGGUUUUAUUGUCGACGCCACUUUGGCGAUUCUGGAGAAUUUCCAAGACACCCACCCGAUAGGGCGAUUGAAGACAUCAUGGUCUUUGGGCUGUCUGAGCGAUUCCCUCGUUCUGAUCCACAGCGCGGGACAAGGUGGCAUUCCUGAUGCGAUUUUGCUGAGAUUGCUGCGGGCCAGUGUGGAGGGCCUGAGCGAUAGAAACUACAAAGUCCAGUCGAACGUAGGCAGGACGCUAGGGAAUCUGCUGCAGCUGCUGGAUGAGAAGCGGCUUGAAGACCCACAGAUUCAAAAGGUUGGAGGACAGGCGAUUGAGGCCCUAGUGCAGACCUGCGGGACGUCUGGGACGCAGUCCAAGGCUAGAUGGAACGCCUGCUAUGCCCUGGCGAACGCGCUGCAAAAUCCCGCACUGUUUGAACGAGUAGGAGCUACAAAUUGGCAGGGGACCGUCUUUUCCACCCUCGGUGGCCUAGUGGUGGGGUGCAAGAACUUCAAGGUGCGAAUCAACGCCGCCCUGGCGCUAUCGGCGCCCAGAAAGCGCGAGCAUUACGGCACCUCUUUCAUCCCCCUCUGGGCCGCCCUGCUGCAGGCUCUGGAUCAAUCCCAGACCAUUGAGGAUCUGGCUGAGUACAAGCACCGCGACCAAUUGGUGGAACAGAUCUGUUUGUGCUUAGGGCAUCUGGCCACCCUGCUGCAGAAGGUGGAUCUGUCGCCACUGGAGGACCGGCUUGCGCCUGCCGCUGAUAUGCUCCAAAUGCAAGUGCGCCGCGUUCUGGAUCGCCUGGUGCCCGAAAAAUCCGGCGAUUUGGUAGCGGCCACUUCCGCCAUCAGCGUAUUGGAGUCCAACGGCAAUAUUUACAGUGCGGCGGAACAGCGUGUGCUUGCCUGUUUGAAGACUGUGUUUGUGACUCAGUAAGUGGCCUUCUUAUUAUUGUGAUUGUCUCUUUAAUACGAUGAAGCAACGUGCUGAUUUAGUUGGAAGGAAUUUGUAGUCAUUAUCAGUUCCAGGUACCCGAAAACUAUUAAAUCAGUGCUUUAUUGUUAAGGCAAA